UCGGUAGCAAUAGACGAAAAGUUCUCGAAUUUGUUUAAGUGCAAGUUGAAUCAGCGAUUGUCGAGUGCCUGAUAUCAUCUUGACGUAUCAGACGUUAGGAUCUUGAGAGGUUUGUGGAACGAUUUCGAUCAAUAAAAGACUCGAUCAAUACAGCAGAGGAUCUCAAAUAAUCUCAAAAUGAUAACAAAACUAGCAUUGGCAUUAGCGUUGACUCUCGUAGCCGCAGUUCAAUCUGACUUCACAAAACAUGCAGAGGACCACAACAUAGACACAGCCUACAAAUAUAAGCCAAUCGUUCAUCAUCAUCCAGGAUUCAAGCAUAUGGAGAAGGUCCAAGGCAAAAACCAUUCUCUGAUUUUGGGGAAACGGAGAGAUGGAGACAGCCUAAUCCACUUUCGCGUCGUGAAAAGGUCUGCGGUAAAGUUCUGGAUCGUCGAGACGGACAUCUGGUUCCCGUCUAUGGGCGAGAAGAACAACAAAACAAUCAACUGCCUGCAGGUGCUGGACAGGAAGGCCAAUGGUUACGGGGGUUGGGCGUACGUCAUGAAAGGGGGCAUCGGCGCCAAGAACGUUAGCCUCCACUUCAUGUCGGAACGGAGUCAUGGAUUCAACUUCCUUGUUCAUGUGUACGGAUAUAAUAAUUAGAUAGUGGAAUAAAGGAGUCGACUCCGAAA